UUAUUAUUAUUAUUAUUAUUAUUUUUUUCUUUAUAUUUCAAUUAAAAUUCCAAUUAAAACUCUACUUUAUUUUUCCUUCUAAUUUUUCCAAAAAAAGAGCAGACGAAAUUCGUGUACUUCCAAAAAUAAAUAAAAAAGGAGGAAAAAAAUCAAGUCUCAGCUUUGACAUAUAUAUUUUUUUGUUUUCUCAAUCUAACAAGGCGGUAAAAAAGUGGUCUUGGAAUCUCUUCAAUGGCGGCUCUAUCUUCCUUAUUACCCCUCUUCAUCUCCAGGUUGUAGUUCUUGCUUAGGAGGGAGAGGGAUUAUCUAACAAAUGGAGGAACCGGGACAGCUGAAGCGUGCGUUGAUUGAUGCUUCAGCUGGUGCAAUUGCUGGAGGUAUAUCGCGAACGGUUACAUCUCCGCUUGAUGUUAUUAAGAUCAGAUUUCAGGUUCAACUGGAGCCCACAUCUUCAUGGGCUUUAGUCCGGAAAAAUUUGCCUCUACAAUCAAAAUAUACUGGAAUGCUUCAAGCAACAAAGGAUAUUUUCAGAGAAGAAGGCUUACCGGGUUUUUGGCGUGGCAAUGUCCCAGCCUUACUCAUGGUUAUGCCAUAUACUGCCAUACAAUUUACUGUAUUGCACAAAUUGAAAACAUUUGCUUCUGGGUCUUCUAAGACAGAGGAUCACAUUAAUUUGAGUCCUUACUUGUCUUAUAUCAGUGGAUCAUUAGCAGGCUGUGCAGCUACUGUUGGAUCAUAUCCUUUUGAUCUUUUACGAACUGUAUUAGCUUCGCAAGGAGAACCUAAGGUGUAUCCCACCAUGAGGUCUGCAUUUGUUGACAUAGUUAGAACUCGUGGCAUCCGAGGGUUGUACGCAGGAUUGUCACCAACACUGGUUGAGAUUGUUCCUUAUGCAGGCUUGCAAUUUGGCACCUAUGAUACAUUUAAGCGCUGGACCAAGGCACUAAACCGGCUUAGAUUUUCUAAGUCGGGCUCAACUGGUAGUGAUGAUAGCCUUACAAGCUUUCAGAUUUUUCUCUGUGGUUUAGGAGCUGGAAUAUCUGCUAAACUUGUCUGUCAUCCUCUUGAUGUGGUGAAGAAAAGAUUUCAGAUUGAGGGAUUACAGAGGCACCCGCGCUAUGGGGCUAGAGUAGAGCAUCGUGCUUACAGAAAUAUGUUUGAUGCAUUAGAAAGAAUUUUGAAGUCGGAGGGUUGGGCUGGUUUUUACAAGGGUAUAGUUCCAUCUAUUGUCAAAUCUGCACCUGCUAGUGCUGUAACAUUUGUAGCUUAUGAAUACACAUUUGACUUGUUGGAGUCCAUUUGGACGUGAAUCCAACAUUCUUUUUUUCCUUCUAUUUUUCAAUUUUCAUUUUUUUUUUCUCA